AUGCGUCGACCUCCCAGACGUCGAGCUUUAACAUCUCUCGAGGUGCAAGCCAUAUCAUUGUCUUCACAAAACACCUCAGCAGCUCUGGCUAGCUGGAUCAACCUACCAGGCCCAUGGAGCCUUCAAAAUGUCCAGGCAGCACUGAAUGUUGUGGUCACUGGGUUGAGUGUCCUUGCUGUUUUUGCAUGUGCUCGGUUUUGUUGGCAAUCAAGUGUGACUAGCAGUGCAAGAUACUCCAGUGUCCCAGCAUCUGCGUUGUUGAGUAUCAGCACAUUUGGCGAAGCUAUCGAUGUGAUAUGGUUGUUGAAGGCUAAGAUAUUCAGUCGAAGACAUGUGAAAAUUCUGGUACAAGCAUCUCUGGUAGUAUUCCUCUCUUUCACUGCAUUGAUAUCCGGACCUAUAGCUAGAUAUUCAACUCGGCUAGGUCAUCGCAUCAGCCAUCAUAAUACGCCUGGGAAGAUUACUUGGAGGAGGCAUGAUUCCAUCCUUGGUGCUUCUGUCAUUUGGAAUCAAACGACUUUUAGCCUGGACAACGCAAACUUCCCCUACAACCAACUUCUCGACUACUUGCCCGACCCCUCCAUUAAUUGGAUCUACGACCCAAAGGAAUGGAAUUCGAGCUGGACUCUGGAGUGCAGCAAUACGGACCUGAGCCAUCUCACACUUGACGAUGUUGGGAACUGUACUUCAAUAUCUGACGAAAUUCCAGGCCUUGCUGCUGUCAUCUCUCUCGAGAAGUACGACAGAAACAACAUCAGCGCAUGGUGGACAGGCUAUUACGAGGACGGGAUCAAUAAGGAUGUUCUUCUAGGCAUAGGUGCCGCGAAGGAAUCUUUGGUUGAUGAGAACACAGGUAUUGUAAGGCAAAUGGACAUUGACCUAGCUGCGGUCCAUCUGCAUAACGUCAAUAUACAAAGCGACUCUGAUAGUUUUUGCUAUUUCGGGGAAGGGCCAAUCGAAUCGGCUUCUUUCACCAAAAUCGAAUGCAGGGUCCAACGAAUCGACCAGGAUCCCAAACAACUCAAUAUCGCAUUUCCAGACGGUGCCACUCCAUGGCUGGUCGGCCGAGCCUUAGUUCAGAACUACCAGGCGCAAUUCAUCCGCGAGUCUAUCAGGGGAGAUAACGUCACUGUCAUUACGCCUCAGGACCUUACCAGGUUUUAUCAAGUUUGGGUCGCGACAAAGGACACUCAGAACGGAUUUCCCGUCUCUCGCCAACUCAGUGUGAGGUUACCCAUUGUCCAACUAUCGACCACAUUUCUGGCUCUCGCAAUCCUGACUUUGCUGCUUAUCAUACUUGGCAUAGGCAGCUAUGUUUUCGCCGCGCUGCGAUAUAGAAAGGUCUUUGAGGAGACUCCACAAAGCAAACUCGAGUGGAUGUUGAAGGUUAUUCGAGAGCAUGGCCCAGCAGAAGUUAGAGACGGAGCUAGGACUUCCAGCUUCAUCGGCACACAGGAUUCAACAUCGCCCUUGAACUUCGGGAGUCCUCCAGAUAAGAAUACUAGCACCAUCCACUCUAGCCCCACAGCGUUCAGCCCGACGUCUCUCAAACGCUCCACUACUGCAAGAAUGAUGAGUAUAGCAUCGAGUGUGCAACAAAGUGCGGAGAGAAGGCGUAGUGAAUUCGAAAACGCGAGAUAUAGUAACAAUCCCGGCCAACUCGACGAUGGGAUGAGCCCACAAGCCCCUGGAGAUCGUCAGCGGCCCUCUCCUUAUUCACUAGAUGGCUUCUCGUUCGGAUCGAACCACCGACAACGACCCGAAUCCUUCAGAUCCCAAUCGGAAUCUGGCAGCUAUUCACACGACAUUGGACGUCAGGUAUACACGCCUGAUUCCGGACUCGCCCUUACACCUGCGGAAAACAGCUGGAGGCUACCUCCUCUUCCCUUCCAUUCUCUUGGAACUAGUAUUCCCAGAAAGGCAGUUGGAUCGCCAGCAUAUACAAGUGUUUCCAUCAAUGAGUUGCCUCCUCAGAACACUCAGCAACAGCAGUCCCACUCCAGAUCACAAUCAUGGCGUGGCCCUGGGCCGAGCGACGCAGAGAAUCCGGAUGAAAUCGAGCGACUUGUGGUCAGACCGCUGUCUCUCGGACAGGAUAAGUCGAGGUUCAACUGA